UGGGCGUGAGUUUGCGGCCACCAACUCUUCAAGCCUGAACAGCAACUCCCAAAAUAGCAAUGCUAGUUUGGGAAGCCUCAGGAAAAAAUGGCUGAAGCAAUUUCCCCAAUAACUCGACAAGUAACUAUAGAAAACAAGGAAAUCGGGAGCCUUUCAGUCGACUAUCGUCUUGAAGACGUCGAAGAUUGUUUAAUUUACGACCGGCAUGGAGUGUCUUUUCCGUUCAAGACAUUAUAUCGAGACAGGAAAUCGGUCAUAAUUUUUGUGCGGAAUUUCCUGUGCUACAGCUGUAAGGAAUACGUGGAGGAUUUGAGUAAAAUACCUAAAGAAGCACUAGAGGAUGCUGCCAUUAGACUGGUUGUGAUUGGUCAGUCUGCUCAUCACCAUAUAGAGCCAUUCUGUUUACUGACUGGGUAUCCUUAUGAAAUAUAUGUGGACCCGGAGAGGAGCAUUUAUCAAAAGUUUGGGAUGAAGAGAGAGGAGAAAUUUACAGACUCAGCCCAACCUAGUCCUCAUGUGAAGUCUGGUAUCUUUAUGGGGCAAGUGAAGAGUAUAUGGAGGGCCAUGACUAGCCCUGCAUUUGACUUCCAGGGUGACCUUCAUCAACAAGGUGGAGCCAUCAUUGCAGGGCCAGGCUCUCAGGUUCUUUUUUCCCAUUUUGACAUGAACCGCCUGGACCAUAUGCCCAUUAACUGGCUCCUGCAGCUCGCCGGGGUUCAACAGACUCUGGACUUCAGUGAUAAGCCAACAAUCAUUCAUGUGUAGCCAGCUGGUCUGCCUGAAAGCAUGCUUUAUUCCUCAUCACUGUUUGGGCAACAUCAUUUCUAAAACAUAUUGGUGUCCCAGUUAUACUCAGUCCGUUUUUGUAUCAUGCCUGUACUAGCUCUUUUACUCUGCCAAAAUCUUGGAUAGGUCCAAAACACAAGUCAACACAAACAAACUGUUGGUUAUGGACUGUUUUAUUCCAGAGCUUUCAGUCACAUCUCAUGUACUGAUGAAGAUUCAAGUUUUGGUGAAACCCAGUAAAUUAACUUAGCAAAGUUGUUCUGCUAAUGAAGAAGAUGAAAUUUGGUUUGAGAAUAAAAGAGCUCUCAAAAAGUGUGUAAGUGGUCAUUGAGGUAAAGCUGUUUUGUUCAAAUACAUGAGGCUUUUUUUUGGUUGAGUGCAUAACUGAGAGAGGAACGCAUUACUGUUUAAAUGUCUACCUUUUCUAUUGGGAAUUCUAUUAGGUUCUUCUAAUAAUGUUAAGAUGGUUGUGUGUGGUAGGCUAUUAAUGAAACUCUAAAACAACUUGUACAUGUAUGUAAGUGUUUACCUUGAUACGGAAUGUACUUUUAAGUGUUCAUUUUUUAGAAUCAGAAUAUCUUUAUUCAUCCCACAGAGGGGGAAUUUACAUUGUUACAGCAAAAAUAUAGACACAAAUAAAGCACUAUUAGAUAAAGG